AUCUGAUGAUGUCUUCAAUGACACAUCAUUGCACCUGUUUCAUAUUUCAAAUCUAAAGGACCUUCCUAUAACAGUUUGGACCAAAAACCCAGAGCCUUCACUUGACCCAGAUGAUGAGGAAAUGACAUUAUAAUAGAAGACAUGAGGUCUAUACUCUGCAAGAUUGGGAAGAUGGAUUUGAUCAAUUAAUUCAUUUAAUUUUUAUAGCUCAUAGCUCAUGAUUGAUUAGCCACGCCCAGUUAUAAAUAAAAAUCACCUUAAAAAUGCUGACAAGUUGUUACUGAUUUCAUCAGGCAAACUGAGGCGUAUUACUUUACUUCAGAUUAUUUCUCUUUCUCUCUACUUACAAAAAUGCUUCGAGUUUUCCUCGUCCCACAAGGACAAUCACUUUCAGAAGACUUGCCUCCAACAGAAAAUGUGUCUGCCUUACAGGCGUCAUUGGCCCACCAGUCAAAAGUGACAAGCAAAGAUGUUAUAUUACUCACUGGCAAAGGACAGUUAUUAGAGGCUCACGAGAUUCUGGGUCAUUAUGAUGGAGGAACAGAGGAGAGACCGUUUUUUGUCUAUUUUCGUCCCGGCAUCAGUCCAAAAUUAAAAGAUGACAGUACAUUUAAGAGAAACGUUCAUUUGGAACAGAAGCUAUCUCGAAUAUCUGCCUCUCCAUCUUUUGGAAUGUUAAGGCAGCAGACGGAGCUGGCACAAGAGUUUUCUAGAGAAGGGUCAAAGCUAAUAACUACUUCAUUAGAACUACAAGCAAGCAGACGAUUAUUAUGGUCAGGCUGGCUAGCAUUAUUACAGAAUUUCUCUUCAAUGCAAAAGACAUUUAGUAAGCACCAAAAAAAUUUAGAUGUAGUCCUUUUAAAUUUUAAAGAGUCUCUUAAUGGAUUUGAGAUGCUAAUAGAAAAGACACCAGAGCAACUGGAAUUAUUAAAGAAAGUCUCUCUUCCUUCAUUUAUGGAUAGGAGUGUGUUUGGUGAAGAAACACAUACACUGUACAACUGGAUUAACUUGCAGGAUGAACACAGUAGCCUUGAGGAACUACUGAAAGAAUGUCAAACAGCACUGCAGCAGGUUGAUGUGAAAAUGUUAGAUGAGCUGAAGCAAACAGCAUCUAGACUAACAGGAUUAGCUGAUGAUUUAUAUCAAAGAGAAACACAAGAGAGAAUUUCACUACAAGUGAAAGAUUUGAGUCACAUUAGUAAUGAGCAAAAAUCAACAUCACAAAGCCUUCAUGCAACUGUACAGAAAGGAUUAAAUAGUGGAGAUGCUGGCACGCUGGCAAGCAUCAGUUUGAGCAACUGUCAACUCCUCAAACUUAUGAACUCAAAUCACCAAAAACUCGAAAACUCGGUCUGCGAGCUAAAUGAGGAAAGAAAUGCUAUGAGAGAGAGGAUUAGAUCUGGCCUCCAGUCAUUGGCAGAGCUACAGCAAGAGAUGACAAAAAUAGAUUCAAAACUUCAGCUUUAUUCGGGUCAAAUUCAGCUUCUUAGAAGAAAGUUUGAAGUCCUUGAGCAGAUAUGUGCUGCACCUGAUAUGCUGUCUUGCAUAUUGGAGGAGAUCCAACUAAGAAAAAUGUUUAAAAAAUAUUUUGUUGAAGAAGGAGAAAAGGUAUUCCAGAGAUUUGAGGCACUUAGACAGAAAGAGAAGAUUAGGAGACAACAAUUCUUUGACAAAUGUGGACAACAUUUUGUUUUUUCGUUAUUCCCAUCAUUUACAGAUAGACUGCCUCGCCUCAUUAAUUCUGUACCUAAAAAAUUUGAUGAAGAUAUUUGCUCUCUUCCUACUGAAGACUUAAAUGGGUUACUUGGUGCAUUCGCACCUCUUAAUGAGGAAUUUAUCAAGGAAGAUCUUUGUUUGACUUCUACAACUGGUACUCAGACUGAAGGUGAAGAUACAUGUAUUGAUAAUAAGAGGAUCCAUAACUUGCUGAGGGAUCAAUCUGUACAGACUCGAACCCAUAUCUUGAGAGAGACUGAAACCCAAACCAUCAGAACCAGUCUCAGUCCGGUAAUAGACAUGGGGUCUCAAACGCCUAUUAAUGUUGGUCAAGAUGCAAGCACACAAGUUGUAUUGAUGGUUCAUAAUUCUAGCACUGAAAUCAGUGAGGAGCUUAGAUUGUUACAUUGCAAUGCUUGUACUCAGACAGAAUAUAAAAAUGAUUGUUUUAACUCAAAGAAUGUUGGAGUAGAGACUGAAGUAAGCUUAAGGAGAGCUGAUCAAAAGUUAAGAAUUAUUAGUGAAGGAUGUGAUAAAUCUGUUCAAGCUGGUGCAGCAACAUCUGAAUUUAAAAUGCAGUUUUCACCAUUGGUAUUAACAGCAAAUACUCAGACUAGAACCAAUUCAACUACAAAUAGUUACAGUCAGGCUGGCUCUGGUUGUAUUAUUCCUUUUGAUGCUCAGACACAAACUAAUUUACUUUUUAAACCAAUAUUUACUGACAAGCGUUCUCAAACUGACCCCACCAUUAUGCACAGCCAAUCUACUCAAUCAGAUAUUGUAACUCGCAUCACUCCAGACCCUAGAACUUCAGAUAUUGAGUUAAGUUUGAAUCCACCGAUUGCAAGUAUUGGAGCUGAUUUCCAGGGACAGGUAGUGGCUCUUAAAGCGGCUGUUGAGGGGCUCCAGAAGCAACUGUUCCUUGAGAGAGAGGAGCAUAAGCAGCGGGAAUCAGAGCUUGAAAGAGACUAUAAGCGAAUGAGAAAAUCAAUGUAUGAUAGUCAAAGUUUACCAAAUGUUAUUACAGUCACAAAUUUAAAAGUUGGAGAUUUUGCGUUAUUUUUGAAAGACUCUCGCGGAAACCUUUUAGCUCUUUCGUUUGAUGAUAGGAUAUAUUACCUUAGCCAUGUCUCAGCUGAGAAAUUUAUUGAUGACAUCAGCAAAAGAAGUUUUAUUCCAUUAAAACGUAACAUUUAUUAUGGGUGUAUCACCGAGAAGGUAUUAGUUCAAGUCCAAAAGGAAAUGAACAGAUUGCAAGUCCCAGUUGGUCAGAGGUUAUACAAACUCUCAGCUAGAGAGAUAACAUUUAGUGAAAUCGCUUAGUAGCUUAUAAAUGUUAUAUAUAAUAAUUUUUAUUGAGUUUGCACUAUAAAUCAUGUAUAUAGAAA